AAUGAACACAAACAGGUGGGAGAUUGCAACCUUCAUGUGGUCCGCUCUGUUUCGACGAAUGAAAUCAACCCGGCGUGCACAAUCAAAUAAUAUCAAAUAGAACAAGUUAUCCGACAACUUUAGGCUGUGCACGACAUACGCCAGAAGAAGAGAACACAGAAACAAAAUGUUGAAGUAACAGGCAGCAUCUCUGGAGACAAUGAAUGGGUGACGUUUCAGGUCGAGACCUUUGUUCUUUCUUCAACAAUGAACACUACAUAUCAACUCUUGCACGAUACCAAAUGUGUUUUGCAUUUUAAUAUCUUGCAUUAAUGUUUCACCAUGUGCCGGCGGCGCUCAGUGCGCAGACUCCCGCAUGCCGGCGGCGCUCAGUGCGCAGACUCCAGGCUGCCGGCCGUUCUCAGUGCGCAGAAUCCGAGCGGCUGGCGGCGCUCAGUGCGCAGACUCCCACGCCCACCAUCGCCAUGAAGAUAUUGGUUGCUAGGGAAGCCGCGUCUCCAGUUGUUAAGAUGGCGAGGCCGAGGGUUGUCCCGGAGAACACCGCGGAUUCUAAUGCAUUUCCUGCAGAGUUUUAUCACUGAUGGCCUGCGAGGAAAUUGAUCUGCGAGUGCAAGUUACUGCGGCAUCCAACUUUAAUGGAGCGUUGUCAAGAAUGGUGUUAAUCCCGCCGCCGAGUCCCGAGAAGUGCCGGGUCCGGACGGAGGGCACAACCCGGCCGGGGACUGAUUGAGGCGGAGAAAAACCUUCGACAAGCCUGAAGCCAGCCUCAGGAUGCAAAUGCAACGAACCGAGUCCUACUCAAAUAUAAAAACUCAGUUGGAGCCAGAAUGGAAUGAAGAACAGCAAAGAUUACUGGAAGCACAAAAAACAAAUAGGACUAAAGCUCGUAAAUUUACAUUGCAGACAAUCCGCAGGCAGAAAAUUUUGUAUUCCUUACAGAGCCCUCGAGGAGAAGCGCAGAGAAGAUGAGGAAAAAGAACAAAAACUUAGGGAGGAGGUACUUCAAGAGCGAAAACUGAAGCAACAAGAUGCAACUGAGAGAUUUCAAAGAGCCCAUCUCCACUCAUCACAACGCAGGCAAUAUAUAAUUGGCCAUAGAAACCAAUCCAUUCAAUUAGAUGCAGCUCUUGAACAGAUUCAUGGUUCAUUUUAUAUGUCAACUUCUCCAUCAUCUGCUGUUGCAGAGCCCACAGUCUUCACAGGGGCCACUUGUUUAUCCCCAAAUCCACCAGCUUACAGGCAAGCUACAAAUGUUUCCCACCACAAGAGUCAACUUUCAGCAGCUAAGGCUUAUGCCAAGCUUAUGCAAGAGAAAAGUGGUGUAAAUUUGAAAAACAGUCGGUUACGCUUUCAGCAGGAGCUGCAGGAGACACAGCGUCUCCUGGGAGAGCAACAACUGAAUAGUUUACAGGAAUUCCAAAAAGAAAUCAAUCAACUUAAUCAGACUCAAAGCUUAUCAAGCCUUGACAGCCUAGAAAUUGAGGAACAAAAUGCCGUACACACAUCAUCUUUGAAACAUUUUAUUGCCUCUGGUAAGAAAGAGUUUCAUCCUCUAAAAGCAGCACAUAUAAGUGCCUGGAUUGAUAACCUGGAUAAUAGCAGAACUCCUAUUUCGUCUCCUGAGAAUGCAAUAACAAAUGGAACUGAAGUUUCAACUAUAGAAGAAUAUUUGACUGACAAGCAACACACAUUUACUUCCAAAAGUACUGAAUCUAAAUGUCCUGACUUAACCUCUGUUUCUUCUACUGAAAUACAUCAAAAUGUAUAUUCAACCAAAUGUUAUAACAGCAAUCAACAUAAAGAAUCAGACAGUAAUUUCCACUCAGUACAAAGACAUCCAACAUACAUGGACCCUUCUGAAAGUCCAAAGGGCCAGUCUGCUCAUUCUGCAAUAACUCCUUGCAUUGCCUGGUCCACACCAGAUCCAACACCCAGAGAAACUACACAAUCUUCAGGAGUGAACAGCGGAUUCGAAUUUGUGCACCACGGAGAGUCUGCAUCAAUUCAUCCAUCAAAACUGCCUUCAGCAACGCCUAUCUUUUUAGCCUUAAGUCAGGUGUCACAAAUGAAUCGUGGCAGAGGAAAAACUGACAGCGCAAAAGAUAGUCAAAAAAUCCAAGAAGCACACUUAAUGCCAUGUGUUGGUACAACUAGUAAAUCUCCUAAUUCUCUUCUCACUUUCAACCAAAAUACUGAUACUUACAGUGAAAUUGAAGAAAACCAAACUUCACUCAACAAAUAUAAUUUUAAAGUCAAAAUCAGCCAUGAUUCUGUAGCAGCCAGUCAGAAUGCUGUUUCGUCUCAAGCAAAGUUUCAUUCGUCAGAAUCUGAUUCUGGAAUUAAUAUCACAGAAGGAAAAGAAAAUGAGCCAGUAACAUAUUCAUCAAUGUCCAGCAGCAAAUUAAAAGACAACAAGAACCCUAUCCAUGAAAAAAAAAACAAUUCUUUGAAGGGGAUACUUAAGAAAGUAUCAAAGUAUGGAAAUGGUAAAAACAAAUCUCCAUUGUCUGCCAGUAAUGUGCUCGGUAUUCACAUUGCAUCCUCUAUCAGAGAUAGCGUGGAGCUUAAAAAAAUGAAACAAGUGGAAACUGAUAAAAAACCAACAAAGAAAACGCUGAGAUGGCUGGAUGAGAUUGACCUAAUCAACCAGUUUAAGAAGGGGGAAGAUGAAUCUAUUGGAGAAGAAGCGGGAAGUACAGCAGACAUUAAAAAUUCAGGAUUAACAAAUCCGACUCAAUUACAAUCAUCCUAUUUUCCAAAUAAUGGUCAUAUUGUUAAUGUUCAGUCAAAUGUGAACAAUAACAAAGAAUCAAAAUGGAACACAGAUCAAAAGAUUGCUGCAAAUUAUGACCUAUCUGGCCUUCAGUUGAAUGAAACCCAGGGAAACAUAACAAUCGGAGCGCCUGUAAUUUCAGAAACAGUUUCUGCGACCAAUAGAAUAGUUUCAGAUGUGUCAUCCAAUGACCAUUUUACUAAAGAGUCUUGGACUGUGCCAGGAACUAGAAACAGAGAUCACAAAAUGAAUGCAAGAAAUAAUAUUACUGAACCUGAAAAAUCUUUCGGAGGAAAAGGGCAAACCAAAAUGGUUAAAAGACCUCAUUCAGCUAAAGUUUUUUCUGGUACGGGAAGCAACUGCAGGAAAGGCACCAUAAUCAAACCAAUAUCCGGCAGUGAAAUAAUUAUAUCUCAGGGUAAAAUCAUGGUGCCCCACCCACCACCCAAACCACCAAAUGACAGCAAGCAGAUUCAAAGGAUGUCUAUCAAUUAUAACAGCAAUUGCCAAUCACAGAUGCAUCCUGCGCAUGUUGUUGACAUAUGUUCCAACACACCGAUGAAAAGCAAGCCGUUAGAUAAAGACACCAUUGAAAAUGCAAUAAUCUCAGGCCUUCAGCCUCAGGUACAUUCUUCAAGAAAUAGGUAUUUUAAUAUCACAGCAUUUCCUUCCUCCUAUUCAGUCCGCUCAUAUGCAACUGCUAAUAAAGAAACCUAUUCAGUCAAUGCUACACAAGAUGAAAAUGUAACCAAUGGCACCAAACAAGACACGGGUUAUGGAGAGAACACUAUACAUUUGGAAUCCACCCCAACGUAUGAACAAAUUGCACUGCUUUGGCACGGUGUGCGUGAUGCCUUGGUACAAAGGGAUAUCACAACUGGUAACUCUCAAAACAGCUUAUUAUCUUGGAAUAAAGACCAUCAAACAAAUCUGCAAUCUCACCGACCUAAUGUCCCUCAUUUGACCAUUGAUGGAGGCAGCUUGUUGAAUGACACACAAUCAGUUUCCAGAGGAGGACAAUUAUUUUCUGCUCCUUCUGGUGCUAGAAGAAAGAACCCCGUGCCUGCAUACAGUAAUGGAGCAAAAUACAGAGCUCUUCUUCAGCAAAGAAGAAUAAUUAGCAGUCCAUUUGCAAAUAAAUCUGAUCAAAUGGGACAGAAAAUUCAGAUUCAACCAAUUCAAAGUGUCUUUAAUCCUGUAAAUGCCUCUCAGAACACCAAAGAAGAAGUUUCAGAAAGCACCGAACAGUUUAUGCUAGCAGAAAACCUCGUAGAAACAUCUGCUAUGGAUACUGACAUAUUAGCUGCUAUGGACGCAGUAAAAACACAACAACAUGUCUUUCUUCAAAACAAAGUAAAACGAUUAGGCCACAGUGCAUUGUCCUUUGAAGAACAGAAACUCCUUCAGUCAUUAGAUCGUCUCAAUCAAAGGUUGAAGAAUAUCCAAGAAACGAUUGAAGUAAGCCCACGUAAUGAUCUUCUACAGUUUCCAUCUCCUGUUAUCACACCUUUUGGUGUCAUUGGCUCAGGGUCUAGGCCCAUGCGAGUCAUUUCUGGAACCCCAAAACAUCACAAUGUUACUGCUUAUAACCAUGCACACAUUGAAAGCCAAUACUCAAGAAACAAGACAAGCUGACCAUUAUGAAUAGCUACAUAUGAGUUACUACACAUAUCCACUUUAUUCUGAGCUUCUUCCUACUGGUAAUGGCUUACUGUUCCCCUGUAUCCUCCUCUUCUCAUCUACCCAUGCCUCAAGUGGGGGAACCAUCACUUUCUAUAAUGCUAUUUAGAUCUGUGGAAUGAAUUUCACCUCAACUUGCAGCUAUGAAGUUCUUUCUCUUUAGGAGAUACUGGACUGGGUUCAACUAUCACUCUUCAGAUCGAACCGACGUUAACCAAAAUCAAAACGUACUCAUUCAAUGCCAUAAUGGUAGCAAAAGGAAGGUGAAAAAUUGGAUGAGAUCAAAAAGAGAAAGGAUAAAUGACUAAAAGGAAUUAAGACAUUUAAGUUAAAUUUGAGUCUAGAAAUUCAUUUUGCACAAAACAGUUUAUUUUCUGGUGUUAUGGAGUGAAAGUAAGAUUCUAUAAAGGAGGAGUAAUGUUUUUGACUCUAUUUUAAUAUAAAUCGUUCUUUCUCUGUUUUGUCUCUCAAUGUUUCUCUUGUAUCCAUUCCUUGUCUCUCCCCUUGUGUCUGAUGCAGUAUAUGCGUUAUAUUUCUGUUAAUAUAAAACUAUUAAGAACCACUGUCAUGUGUUUUGCUCAAUGACUAUAUUCAAUAGCGAAGCUGAGCUGAAAUCACAUAACUGGUUUUCCCCCAUGAACAGAAACAUCAGGUGUUCUAAGUCUUUGCACCUUUAAACAUAUUUAAAUGAAUUUGACUCGCUACCAAAACACUCAACAGAUUUUAGCCAAUAGAAAUAAUUUACGUAACACACUAUGAAAUACUUAUUAAGCUUGUGCAUCUAUGUGAAUAUGUGAAUUUUGUUUGAUUUUCAUUAUGAUGUUCUAAAUUUAAAUAUAUUCAUUAAUAAAUAUUGAACAAGGAUGAUUUGUAUUUUAUUAAUCAUGUGAACAUUGUAAUUGUAACAUUGUAAUGUACAUUUUUGAAAUCACUAAAAUGUACAGUGGACUAUCUAUAUAAAUCAAAUGUAAGUGUGUGCAUUUUGCAAUGUGCAAGCUUGGAUUUAUUUUACUGUUAUUUCUUGUUCCUUGUUUUAUUUUGAUCCUGACUACAUGUACAAAAUUUGAUUGCAUUUUGAGAUUGAAAUUUAACUGAAUAGUAGAAAGCCGGCGAGCACUUAUUUAGAUUUAGUCUAACUUUAUACAUUCUAGAAGGAGUUGUAAAACAUUGGAUAUGCUUGACAAAGCUGAUUUCUUAAAAUAAAUUAUCAAAUAUGGAUGCAAAAAUGUUGCUGGAUGUUGCAAAUUCAGGGUGUAAUAUUGAUUUCCUUACAUUCCACUUGUGGAAUAAUUUGAAAUAGUUAAAUCUGAGAAAUGUUAUCUCAUGGCGCAAUAUUUGUGUGUUAUGGAUCACAGAUUAUUUUGAAAAGUUAGGUGUAAGCAGGCAUUCCAUAUGUGCUGCUGUGUAUGCAUCUGAUACAAUAACAUGCAAAAUGCAAAGAAGUGCCCCACUCUGCCAAUGAAAUACAAAAUAGAUGGACAAUUUCUGUUGUGCCUGGGUGAUCUGUGGAUCUCUUAUAAUAAAUACUAGACCUACGUCAGUAUAAAUUAUAAGGUAUUAAUUUAGUAGGCUUCAAGUCUGCAUAGAGUGCUUGGAACUGCAUUCAUAAGCUCUAUGCAUUACAUACUUACCAUCUUAUUUGUGGCUCAAAGCUCCGUUUAGCAAACUGGCCCAUUCACAAUCCUGAACCUUCCCCCUCCAACCACCAACCUGCUCCAGAUAAAAGUUUUGAUUCCAACAUCUUUAUUAUUUCCCAGUCAUAACUCCAACCCACUCCCCAACAUGAACAGUGGAAGGGAGGUUGGUUUGUGUGAUGGUGUGGGCAGUAUCCACAAUUCUCUGUAAUCUCUUGAAGUCUUGGAUAGAAUUGUUCCCAAAUCAUGCUGUGAUGCAUCCUGAUAAAUCCUUUCUACGGUGCAUGUGUAGGAUUUGGUGAGAGUUGGCGGGGACAUGCUAAACUUUCUAAGCCUUCUGAGGAAGUAGAGGCAUUGGUGUGUUUUCUUGGCCAUCGCUUCAUUAUGGGUGGCCCAGUACAAGUUGCAGGUUAUAUUUACUCCUACUUAAAGCUUUCAACCAUAUCCACUAAGGUGCCAUCAAUGCAGUAGUCAAUAAUUAUUUCCUUUGUCUUACAGAGAUUGAAAGAAAGGUUGUUGUCUUGACACCAGGUCAUAAGGUUCUCAUUCGCCUUCCUGUACUCUGUCUCGUCAUUAUUUGAUAUCUGGCCCCCAAUGGUGAGAAGAGACAAAGGUUAAAGAAGAUUUAUGAGGCUUUACACACAAAGGGUGGUAGGUACUUGCAAUGCUAGCCAGGGUAAAUGUUCGAAGCAAGUAGAUAGCAUCUAGACAGGCACAUGAAGAGACAGGAAAUAGGGGGUUGUGGAUAUUAGCAACAAGAGGGAAUUAGUUUAGACAGACAUCGUGGUUGGCAUGGAUAUGGUGGACUGUGUGGUACUGUUCCAUCGUCUACAUUCAAACAACAAAAGAAGAAAAUAAAAGGUGCCCAUAACUGCUGUCAAUACAUUUUUAAGGAAAUUGGAAAUUGCACUGGUCCAGAUCUCAUGUUCCUACCUCUUAUGGUGCACAAGGUGGAAACAAAAUGUGCUAUUUUAAGAUUAUGCAGAGAUGUGAAACAUGUGAAAGGCAAUGUUUUGAUGCAUUGCCAUCAUUCGUAACUUUUUGAACACAAUUAUGAACUAAAAAGAAAGGAACUACUUCCUCCGGAGAUAAUUUUUGCCUCUGCUUCCUAAGACUUAUGUGGUUUUUUUGUACAGGUAUCAUUCAAUGUUUUUAUAUUUUUUGGUGUUCAGAUUGACAAGGCAUACACACCUGAGAUUUUAUGGAAAUUAAAAGGUCAUGAUCUUGUCUUUACCUUAUGAGAAAACUUGUUUGUUCUGAUCUGUGAUUUCCUUGGUGUGCAUUUCAAAAGUAACAACAUUUCCUGCUUCUGAAAAGUCAAAUGUUAUUAUAAUUUAUUUUUGCCAAGUGAUUAUAGAGCUGAAAAAUAACUUUUAAAUACUGAUUUCAUCUUUUUCAUUUUGUGUGAAUAUUAUGUCACAAA